GUUUUUUUCUUAUAUACUGUACUGAAAAAUAAAAUAUUGAAAUUAUGUAUAUACAGUUAGCAAUUGUAUUAUUUUCAUUAAUAAAUAUAAUACAAAUGGAAGAACCGGAUAUAACCAAAGGACCGCCACCUUAUGAUAAGCCUUGGGUGUCGGCGUGGGGUUGGUUUGGGGAGACUGACCCCAAGGGAUGGAAGGAAAGACACGACAAAAUGCUUAACCAAACACAUAAACACAAGAAAGACAUACAGAUUGUCUUCUAUGGCGACUCUAAGUCAGAGUACUGGAUAAGAGAGGGCAAGAAGGUAUGGGAAAAGUAUUAUGUCGACAGAGAUGGUUAUAAUUAUGGUAUUGGAGGUGACAGUACUCGACAAGUGCUUUGGCGGAUACAGCACAAGGAGUUGGAUGGAUUGACACCAAAAAUACUAGUCUUUAUGAUUGGCGGCAAUAAUUUUCACGAAAACUAUAACAGAGGUACCGAUGAUGAGAUAGUCAAAGCUGAGCACUUGAUUGUUGAACAAUUACACGAAAAACUACCGAAAACACAGAUAAUAUUUGUAUCACAAUUACCCAGAGGUAAAAACGAUGACAGAGCCCGUGAUAUCAACAAUAUGUGGGACGAGUAUCUCAAACACCAUAAGAAUCCAUUGUUUCAUUUUGUCAAUCCUUAUACAAAGUAUAACAAUAGUGACGGCACACAGAAUUUGAAUCUUUAUAUUGGAGAUCACAUACAUCUAAAUGAAAAGGGAUAUACAAUACUGGCUGAGACUCUUGAACCGUUAAUUAAAAAAUAUUUGUAAUUUAUUGAUUAUUAA